GGUUGAUUCUAGUAGACUCGAGAGCUACUGUCGUACAACAAUGAUACUGUAGAGAUUACAAAAUCGCAUUAUGCUUUCAGCCGUAAAAAGUCCUGCGAGCGAAGGUGCGUCACAGCACCCGCCCCCACAAACACCCACAACACAGGCUGCAAGCAUUGAAUCGAACUCUUCAAGUAUGAAAGCGCCGAAUCAAGAAGAGGAAUGUGAAGAAGAUGCGACACAAGCAGCUACACCACGGCCAGUAGAGGAUGAACCAAAAGUGGCUACACAACGCUUGGUGAUCCAGAAGAUGGUACUGGAGAAUUUCAAGUCAUACGCUGGGCGCGUUGAAGUGGGACCGUUCCAUAAG